AUGGAGUUCCCAGGAGGCGCAGAGGCGGGACCGUCGAGGCUACCCCAUCCAGCACAUUCCCCAUCUCACACUGUCAUUCCCGCCUACGGUAUCGAGCUCUUCGAAUAUCGUCGGCGUCUCUUUCUAUCAGGGCAACCUCUCCCUCCCAAUCCCCGUACCCACCUGCCAGAGAGCUAUACGGUCCCCCUCCCCUUUCCCGAGCCGAAGCCGCUCCCACCGAACGACCCGAGCCCUACCUCGGGAUCAGUAGGCAAGCUGGAAGCGCUGCUGCAGGAGGAUGGAGCGGAGGAGACGAUGGCGGCAUGGAGGGGUGGGCUCGCGGGCGUGCAUGCGAGAUUGGACGGAGGAAAGAAGCUCAGCAGGCCGUUGAAGCUGGGGUUGGUGAUCAGGGUGUUGAAAGCUGGAUGGAUACAAGACGGCACAUGGCCCACCGACCCCAAUACACGCCGAGCAGCCCGGCCCCCCUCUUCCCCCAGCUUAGCAGCACACAAACCCCAAGCGAGCCGACGAGUAGCCCCUGGCCCGCCAACAACCUCAUCGGCGAGCGUUCUUCCACCUACACCACUCCCUAUACUGAAGGGCUUACCAUUACCUGGCGAUCCACCCGUCCCCGACCUCGUCCCUCCAUCUCGCUCGGCCUCAUUGAUGGGCGGGCAGCGGCAACAUGAUCCAGAGCUGGAUCUGAAGGUGGGCGGGGAUGUCUGGAGGGGAGCAAAGCGGGAUACAGAUAUCAUUGGGGGCACUGCAGCAGAUCACGGCUAG